AUGCCUCUCGUCGAUUCCCAGGCAACCGGAGACAAAAAUGUCGAGUGGCAGAACAAGCUCGUCGGCAAGACUCUGCACGAGGAGGAGACAACUGAGACUACAUUCUCCAAGAAGGAAUUACCAGAGAAGCACCGCAUCGUCAAGCCUGGCCAGAUGAUGACGAGAGACUUCCGCGUUGAUCGCCUCAACGUCCAUGUGAAUGAUGACAACAUUGUCACCAAGGUCAACUUCGGCUAA